AUGUGUGUACGAGACCGGCAGAAGAUUCCGCCGAUCUUCAAUUCAAGAAAGCUUCAGCACAGCGCAGCCUUGGUUCAAUUCCUCGACGAAUCACAUGAGAUCCGCUCUCAAUAUGCGACCGAAGCAGACGAUGCUUUUAGCUGGCCACCUACCCCACAAAAUCACUCAUCCGAUCAGCACUCCUCCAGCGCAAUCGUCCAGCAAUCACCCUCUCUUACUAGUCCGACAGAUGGUCUGACCGUCUUAUCGCUGCUCAACUCCGAACCUGCUGUCCAUUCACAAAGUUACAGUGCGCCACCGCCGCCUACAUCCUACAGCCUACCGGUUACACCUCACGUGCCAGAGCCAGAUGAACCAGAUAAUUUCUCUUACCAGCCACCGCCAGGCGCACCAGUGCUAUGGCCACUGGAAAGCGAGCAGGAAGCCAUGCUCUUACAACAUUACGUUGAGAAUGUUGCUCUAUUUUUUGAUAUGGUGGACAGCAGAUGUCACUUUGGUGUGCAUGUUGUUCAAAGAGCCAAGACUAACAGCACCUUGAUGAACGCUAUUUUUGCUCUAUCCGCACGGCAACUCAGUCGGAUCAGCGAUUUCGACCCCUAUGUCGCCGAUGCUUAUUAUCAGCGCUGUUUUGAAACAUUGAUCCCAGCGCUCAACGACAACAUGGCCAACCGUGACGAGUCGCUCCUCGCCGCGACUAUCAUCCUAAGACUUAUGGAAGAAAUGAAUAUAUCCAUCACCGGCUCCGAUCCGCAAGGACAUCUCUUUGGCACACAGGCCAUUAUUCGAGCGGCCGAACAGUUCUAUGUCGGCACAACGGGCCCCAACUUCCGCCAAGCCAUCUAUUGGGCUGCCUUUCGUCAAGAACUCUGGAUAUCGCUCAUGACCCAGCGGGCGUUCCAAUUGCACAUAUUCCCUGCUGAUCGCUCGAUGAGUCCGGCAGACGACUCCAUCUGGGCUACUCGAACGAUUGCGCAUCUUGGCGAUGUGUGCAAUUUUGCGUUUGGUGAGGACAGACAUAGCGUGCUCCGAUACAGCCAGUUGAUGGACGAGAACAAAGUAUGGAGAACACAAAGGCCUGACAGUUUUGAUCCGCUUUUCUGGCGACAGGACCGGGACGGAAGCGGGAGGAUGUUUCCAGAUAUCAGGUAUCACCAGAAGGCGCAUGCGAUGGGAAACCAAUACAACACCCUUGCGCAUAUGCUCCUUGUUGUGCACGACCCUACAAUACCUCAGUUGGGUCCUUCACAUAGGCAGUCACGCGCAGUCGUUGACAAAAUGGUCCAAGAAGACGUCCGUACAUUGUGUGGCGUGGCACUAUCAAACAUGAAGUUUUUCCCUUGCAUAUUCGUCGCAUGUUUUGCGAUUGCACUGGGUAAGUAG